CUUGUAACCAUUGCCCAGUAAGAGAUCUUCGGCCGAUCACCGAGUGCUAUACUGAUUCCCCUCUCAACUUCCUGAGAAUCACCAAUAAUCACAGGGGAACUGGAGCUUGCCUUGUUUGUUCACCGAGACUUUUUUGAGGUGUUAUCAGAGUAUCCAUCUCGAUGCAUACAAUCCUGGACCUUUUGACGAAUAAAGAUGAGUACUAGCCCACGGGACUGGAACAGCCUCAGCCCACCCGCUUUUUUUUUUUCUCUCUUUCUGUCUGUUCUACUCUGCGUCGUCGUUACCCUCAAACAGGACAACUAUGAGGGGCAUCGGGAAGGUGCAUUACUACCCCUAACUCCCAAGCUGCGAGCCAAGCAGUCUAGCAUGAGCUUGUUGUUCUUGUGCGGUAAGCUUCAAGAAGCGAGGUCUCGCCUAGAGGUCGGUAAAGCACUGCUGAUAUAUGAGCAUUCCCCAAAAACAAAAUAUAUGCAAUUGAGCUAUCAAUUAUUUGCAUGCAGCUAGCUGGUCAAGAACUAGCCUAAGACAGUUUGGGCUUUCUUUUUGCCCUGCACACCAAUUGGUUGCUCGUCGUUUCUACCUUCCCAAGGAAGCACACCGCAAUGUCGAAUCAUGACUUAUCAGACGAAACAUGACGAGGGGCCGUUACUACUACGUCGGAGUGACCAACCAUCUGGCCUCAUGUCUGUGUGAAGCCCUGGGCUUAGCGGACUCCAUUGCAAAUUCAAUUUAACAAGAAUGACUGUGCGCAACAAAUGCUUCAGCAUUGAGGACCGCGCUCGACACGGUGUUGUUGCAACGGUCGCACAAUCUGGGACUCUAGCGACGAUCGCCACAUCGGUGAAACAUACAAUGUCUUGAUCAUUGUUAAGUCGCCGCUCAAAUGCGCAAUUCAAUUGUCGUGUUUCCAAGUAUUGUUUACCAUCUCGAGUCGAAUCAAGCCUCAUGGCGUCGUCUCAGUUAUACGAAGCGAAGCUCCGUGCUAUGAUGUAACAGAGCUACUCCGUGACUCCGCCAUCGCAUUUUCUUCGGAAAUCCUCCCACUUCCCUACACUAUGAAGCAACAAUCAUCAUGAUACCCUGCUUUUGCUCCAACUCGUGCAGGGUUAAUGUGGAGGCGCGAGUCUGUCUCGCAAGGAUGGCUCUUACAGACUUUCGUACUUGAUGGAGGGGAGCUAUACGAGUCGUUAUAGCCUUUCUGUUCGUCUUGUGUCUUUUUUUACCAUGGUUAAUCUUGUCUAAAAACCCCUUUCAUUGUUUCCUGCUCGAGUUUGUUUUGUUGCAUUUUGUUUAUUUUUCUCAUCAACUUCAUCGCCGUGGUAAUGUGCAACUUCGCUGCUCUCCAAUUGCACAAUUUACGUGCCCGGUAGAGCUACAAUCGAUCCAACACGAGAACAAGCCUCUAGCUGUCGACCGAUGAGAAGACCAGCUCUAGGACCUGAGAGCACCAUAUCUUGGGCCUAGGGCCAGAUAGGCGCUCCAGACAAAUUCCACCUCGACGUUGCACGUUGUGCGAAUCCACCUGGUGUGGAAAAGAAAAUGCACAAUGUACUCUCGAAGGCCGUUGCGGCGGUCCUCCUUGCUAGCCAAGCAGCUGAUGCCGCUUACAGCAUAGGAUCGGAUGACGAAAUCAAGGCAUCGGCAAGAACCAUCGCGUACGACCUCAUGAGUUAUUACAAAGGCAACCAAUCGGGCCAGGUGCCUGGGAUCCUGCCGGGCCCGCCGCCCAAAGGUGACUACUACUGGUGGGAGGGCGGCGCGCUGAUGGGCGCCAUGAUAGACUACUGGCACCUGACGGGCGACACGAGCUACAACGACGUCGUGUCCCAGGGAAUGCUACACCAGGUCGGGGAAAACCGUGACUAUCAGCCCGUCAACUACACGGCGUCCCUGGGAAAUGACGACCAGUCCUUUUGGGGCAUGAGCGCGAUGCUCGCCGCCGAGGUCAACUUCCCGAACCCGCCGGCGGAUCAGCCGCAGUGGCUGGCGCUGGCCCAGGCCGUCUUCAAUACCCAGGCGGCCCCUUCGAGGCACGACAGUACUUGCGGAGGUGGGAUGAGGUGGCAGAUACCGGUUACCAAUACUGGAUAUAAUUAUAAGAAUAGUAUUGCGAAUGGUUGUUUCUUCAACAUGGGCGCAAGGUUAGCUCGGUAUACUGGCAACACCACUUACUCUGACUGGGCAGAGAAACAAUGGGACUGGUUGACGAGUGUUGGUUUUAUAGACGCAAACUACAACAUAUAUGAUGGUGCCCACGUGGAAAAAAACUGCACCGACAUAAACAAAGCGCUGUUUUCAUACACCUAUGGAGUCAUGGUGCUGGGUGCAGCCAACAUGUACAACUUUACUAAGGGUAGCGCAAAGUGGGAAGCGCGGGUCAAGGGCCUCCUCAAUGCAACUUUCGAAACCUUCUUCGCCGACAACGACAUCAUCACAGAAGUGGCCUGCGAGCCGUACGACUCCUGCACGACCGACAUGCUCAGCUACAAGGGCUACGUGCACCGGUGGCUGACGACGGCGACGACGGUGGCGCCUUUUGCGCGGGCCCAGGUCCUUCCGAUCCUGCGAAAAUCUGCCGAGGCGGCCGUACUUACGUGCACCGGCGGCAAAGACGGGCGACAGUGUGGCUUCAACUGGGCAAAUAAAACAUUCGACGGCAAGACGGGCGCGGGCCAACAGAUGAACGUGCUCGGGGCCGUGACUUCGCUGCUGCAAAAAGCGAGUGAGGACGCGCCCCUGACCAACAGCACGGGCGGCACCAGCGUCGGCGACCCGGACGCCGGCACGGGAUCCCAGGACGCGAGCAACGGGUUCGCCGCCAUAACGGCCGGCGACAGGGCCGGCGCAUCGUUCCUCACCAUCGCUAGCGUGCUGCUCAUCAGUUCCUUGUUCUUUUGGCUGGCCUCGAACAUGGGAGAGAAGGACCCCAACCCUGACGGGGCGGAUGAGGCAAAAGAAAAGAAGGAAAAAGCCAAUGAUGUGGGGCUACUGCGGCGACUGAGGGGUGGAUAUCGGGGGGUUUAUACUGGCGACGACGGAGGGGAUGUUGAGAAUUUCAGUAACCGGGACAGGUUCCCAACCUUUAAUACGAUUCCGGAAGCAGGCGGCGCACCCGUCAGCGACGGUAGCCAGAAGCAGGAGAAGGAGGAGGAGGAGGAGUGGUACCUUCUCGCGCACAUCAAAAACGACAUGACGAUAGCCAAGCCGACGCUGGUGGUGGAGGACCGGGACGGGUCCCCGUUCGCCGUGGUGUUUGAGGGCUACGGGCGCGACGACCUCGACCUCAAGGGGCGCGGGCUCAAAAAGGGCAACACCAUCGUCAUGCCGCGGGCCAGGCGCGUGCCGCCGGCCGACGAGACCAAGCGCGGCUUCGUCAGGGUCUCCAAGGCCGACGCGGCCGCCGUCAAGGCCGUCCCCGGCGCGCUGGAGAAGGUGCUGGCGCUAGGGGGCGUCGAGGAGGAUCCUACGGUCUGCUCGGCGUGCGGUGGGAAGGGCGAGGCGGGUGGUGGGCUGAGAAUGCCAGGUUAA